AUGGACGAGAAGGAAACCGCCACGGCAGAAACGACCGAGAAGACGCCUUUCCUGCAACGCACGCAACAAUCCAAAUUCGCCGUCUUUUGUCUGCGGCACAAACUCAUCGUCUUCCCCGUCGCCGUCAUGGUGCUGCUGCUGCCGCUUUUGGGGCUGAUUGCUCUGAAUACGAAGGAGGCGCGGGCGGAGUAUCAGAGUCCGGUUGUGUGGCCAUCACCGGAGGGAUAUGGCGCGGGAAAUUGGUCGCAGUCAUACGACAAAGCCAAAGCGAUGGUUUCGAAAAUGACGCUGGAGGAAAUGAACAACAUCACCAUCGGCUACGAUCCCGUCAAGGCGAACACAGGCUGCGUGGGACUUUCUGGAUCGGCCCCGAAGCACGGCUUUCCUGGAUUAUGUCUUCACGAUGCGGGGAAUGGGGUCCGCGAUAGCGAUGGAGUCAAUGCCUACUCUUCGGGUAUGCAUAUUGGAGCUUCGUGGAAUGUGUCGUUGGCGUAUCAGCGAGCGGUGUUCAUGGGUGCCGAGUUCAAGAAGAAGGGAGUCAAUGUCGCUUUGGGGCCGGUGGUUGGGCCUGUUGGCAGAAUUGCAGAGGGUGGCAGGUUCUGGGAGGGUUUCGCCGCGGAUCCGUACUUGACUGGCAUUCUGGGCGCACAGUCUGUGAGGGGACUGCAAGAGAAUGUCAUUGCGAGUGUGAAGCAUUUUCUGGCGAAUGAGCAGGAAACCAAUCGGAGACCAAUUCCUGGUGAUGAUGGGACUACCCAGUCUUCGUCUUCGAACGUGGACGAUCAUACGAUGCAUGAGCUGUACUUGUGGCCCUUUCAGGAUGCGCUUUACGCUGGAGCGGGAUGUGUGAUGUGCAGCUACCAACGAUUGAACAACACCUACGCCUGUGAGAACAGCAAGGCCAUGAACGGUCUGCUGAAGGGAGAGUUGAAUUUCCAAGGCUUCGUUGUCUCGGACUGGGUAGCUCAAAUGAGCGGCCUUGCCUCUGCUAACGGUGGUCUUGAUCUCGCCAUGCCAACAAGCGAUUACUGGGACGAAGGCCAACUGGCAAAAGCUGUGAACGACGGGAGCCUUAACAAGACUCGCUUGGUUGACAUGGCCACUCGAAUUGUUGCCACCUGGUAUCAAUUUGGCCAGGACAACCCUGAUAUGCCGGAAAUUGGCGUUGGAAUGGCUCCAGAUCUUCUCAAACCACACAACUUCGUCGAUGCGCGAGAUCCGGCUUCGAAAGAUUCACUACUCCAGCAGGCGAUCGAAGGACAUGUGCUUGUGAAGAACGUCAAUGGCACCCUGCCAUUGAAGAAACCACGAGUCUUGUCGGUGUUUGGUUACGAUGCCAUCCAGCAUCCGACAUACAAUCCGGGAGCCUUCGACUUUACCUGGAAUCGGGAUGUGGUGACACUGCAGCAGAAUCAGCUCAACAGCUUGGCCCAGAACAAGCCGAUCCAAGGCGCACCGCAGACUGCCAUGGGAACGCUUGUGGUUGGAGGUGGCAGUGGCUCGAAUACUCCAGCAUACUUGAGCUCUCCGUACGAUGCUCUUCAAGACCGGGCUUACGACGAUGACACGAUGAUCUUCUACGACUUCACAUCCAUCGAACCAAGUGUGGUUUCGAGCUCGGAUGCGUGCCUCGUCUUCAUCAACGAGUACUCAUCAGAGGAGUUCGACAGGCCUGGGCUCGCUGACGAAGACUCAGACAAUCUUGUCGGCAGCGUCGCAAGACAGUGCAACAACACUAUCGUUGUGAUUCACAAUGCUGGCAUUCGUCUUGUGGACGCGUGGAUCGACAAUACGAAUGUUACUGCGGUCAUCUUCGCGCAUCUUCCUGGCCAAGAUGCAGGCAGAGCCGUCGUCCAGCUUCUAUACGGAGAUGUCAGUCCAUCAGGGCGAUUGCCAUACACUGUGGCCAAGCAAGACUCAGAUUAUGGCUCUCUGCAAGGCCCCUGCAACGAUGACUCUCAAUCGCCCCAGUGCUACUACGACGAAGGCGUGAACAUCGACUAUCGAGCAUUCCUAGCAAAGGGCAUCACUCCAAGAUACGAGUUCGGCUACGGCCUCACAUAUACCACCUUCGACUACUCCGCCCUCAACAUCAACCUAAACGCCACUUCCACGGCCAACGCCGCGAGCAUCGCCCCUUUCUACACGAACGGCACCACCAACCAGAACAGCAAUAGAACUGACGUCGGCAUCGGUGGCCUUCAAUCCCUCUUCGAAAGCAUGGGCACCAUCACCGCGACUAUUCACAACUCCGGCGACGUCGCCGCCUCGGAAGUCGCCCAACUUUACCUCCAAAUCCCUGUGCCAUACAACUCGCGCAACCCCGGCACGAGGACGUUGCGUGGCUUUGAUAAGGUUGCUGUUAAUCCGGGAGAGUCCGCACAAGUGACGUUUCCGCUGAGGAGGAAGGAUAUCAGUUAUUGGGAUACGGGCAACCAGACUUGGAUUACGCCGUCGGGCGACUUCAAGGUGUGGGUGGGGAGGAGUGUGUUGGAUUUGCCGUUGACGGGGUCGUUCCCUCUUGAUUGA